CUUGCUUGUAUGCGUUCGUGCUAAUCGUGGCUUCACCUAUCCGGAACUGAAAUACAAAACAUCAGGGUUCACGCGAACUUAAUUUAAAUCGAGAUUCCCGUGUAAUUCGGAUUCAGUGUGCACAGAAUGGAGGUUCGCUUUACGCGAGGCAAAUCUGCCAUCCUGGAGCGCUCGCUCACGCGACCCAAGACGGAGGUGAGCGUGAGCGCGUUCGCGCUGCUAUUCUCCGAAAUAGUGCAGUACUGUCAGAGCCGUGUGUACUCGGUGUCCGAGCUCCAGGCCCGCCUCGCUGACAUGGGCCAGGGCGUAGGAGCCAGUCUCCUGGAUGUCCUCGUGAUGAGAGAGAAAAAUGGAAAAAGAGAGACCAAAGUGUUAAACAUACUUCUCUUCAUUAAGGUGAAUGUAUGGAAAUCAUUGUUUGGCAAAGAAGCCGACAAAUUGGAACAAGCAAACGACGAUGACAAAACUUACUACAUCAUUGAAAAGGAACCACUCAUAAACGCCUACAUAUCGGUACCCAAAGAGAACAGCACUUUGAACUGUGCAGCGUUUACCGGAGGCAUCGUGGAAGCUAUUUUGACCCACAGCGGCUUCCCGGCCAAAGUUACUGUUCACUGGCAUAAGGGCACCACACUUAUGAUUAAGUUUGAUGAGGCGGUCAUUGCUCGUGACAAAGCUCCUGAUGGCAGAUAGUAGAUUCUGGUCUUAAGUUAUGAUGGUAAAAACUUGAGUCUACAUAUUACAACAUUUAAGUGUAAUUGUUUGUGUUUUUCAUAUAUGUUUAUUGCGUUCAUAACAAAUUUCUCGGUUCUGCCUCCCCUGCUCUAAUAACAACAUAAAUGCACAGACGUGAUUGAUGAGCCAUAUAAAUACAGGCAUUAUUCUACUGAUAUUAUUAAGUAAGAGUUGCUAUGAAAGACUUGCAUGAAGGUCACACUUUUUGGAUAUCUGAUUUUUUUUGUAAACGAAUGUACCAUCUGCACACUAAUAAAGUUAAACAGUAUUGAA